AUGGAGAGCACGCCGGCGGCCACCGCCAGCUCCAGCGUCGUCAGCCAUGGAGUUCGUAGGGAGGGCGGGAGCCUCCUCCUCCUGCCGUUCCCGGGGGCACAGGGCCACACGAACCCGAUGCUGGAGCUGGGCCGCCGCCUUGCACGCCACGGCCUCCGCCCCACGCUCGUCACCACCCGCCACGUGCUCUCCGUCACCCCGCUCCCCGGCGCGCCCUUCCGCGUGGCUCCCAUCUCCGACGGCUUCGACGCCGGCGGCUUCGCCUCAUGCCUUGACACCGACGAGUACUUCUCCCGGCUGGAGGCCGUGGGGUCCGAGACGCUGAGGGAUCUCCUGCUUUCGGAGGAAACGACCGCGGUGCGCGUGCUAGUGUACGACUCGCACCUGCCGUGGGCAGGGCGGGUGGCGCGCGCGGCCGGCGUGCCUGCCGCGGCGUUCUUCUCGCAGCCGUGCGCUGUGAACGUCAUCUACGGUGAGCUGUGGGCGGGUCGGCUGGCGCCGCCGGUGACGGACGGGCGUGAGCUGCUGGCGCGCGGAGCGCUGGGCGUGGAGCUGGGGCCGGAGGACGUGCCGCCAUUCGCAGGGGCGCCCGAGUCGCAGCCAGGGUUUUUUAAGAUGUCGAUUGGGCAGUUCGACGGGCUGGUGGAGGCGGACGACGUGCUCGUCAACUCAUUCAGCGACAUCGAGCCAACGGAGGCAGAGUACAUGGAAUUAACGUGGGGAGCGAAGACCGUAGGCCCCACCUUGCCAUCGUUUUACCUCGAGGACGAUCGUCUGCCCUCCAACAAGUCUUAUGGUUUCAAUCUUUUCGGCGACGAUGCACCGUGUUUGGAUUGGCUAGAGGAACAUAGCAUCUCCUCUGUUGUGCUUGUAUCCUACGGGACUUUCUCGAACUAUGACACAACCCAGCUGGAGGAACUUGGCAAUGGAGUAUGCAGCUCAGGCAAACCUUUCAUAUGGGUUGUUAGGUCCAAUGAGGUACACAAGUUAUCCGAAGAAGUCAAGGCAAAAUGUGAGAAGAAUGGAUUGAUUGUUUCUUGGUGCCCCCAACUUGAGGUUCUGGCACAUAAGGCCAUCGGUUGUUUUGUUACUCAUUGUGGCUGGAACUCGACACUUGAGGCAGUUGUUUGCGAUGUACCUAUUGUGGGAAUUCCGCACUGGGCGGACCAACCCACCAUCGCAAAGUAUGUGGAGAGCGCAUGGGAUAUGGGUGUGCGAGUGCGGAAGAGUGAAACUGGAUUUCUAAGGAGUGAGGAGGUCGGGAGGUGUAUUAGGGAGGUCAUGGAUGGAGAGAGGAAGAACGAGUAUAAAAGGAAUGCAGCAAAGUUGAUGCAGAAGGCUAAGGAGGCAAUGCGAGAAGGUGGAAGCUCCGACAAGCAUAUUGCUGAAUUCGCUGCAAAGUAUUUGUCAAUUUAA